CUCUCUUUAUUCUUCCAGAUUACUGCUUUUGUAGCAUUCCUGUGUUUUGUUAUCGCAAGAUCCCAGGAAGCAUAUUUCGUGCUUACGAUCAUGGACUUUAUCAUCACUUUGCUGUUCUUCCUGCUCUACUUGCUAAAGUUCGAUAGAAAGAUUAAAUUCUUGUUUUGUCCGCUAGUUGAUGUUUUCAACUCAUUGAUUGCAGCAUUGUUCUUCCUCAUUGUGGGCCUGUUCGCAAUAAUAACCAAGAGCAAUGUAGGAACCUUGGUUGGAGGAAUCUUUGUUAUUCUGUCAUUUUUCCUUUGUAUUGCGGAUUCGAUUUUUCUUUUCAAGAAGAUUACAUUUAAUCAGCCAAGGGGAAGAACUGUUACUAACUGAAAAUAAACAACUUACCCGAAACCCAAAUUCAUGCUCCACUCCAGAUGCUUGUUGAUCACUAGGACAUGUUUUAUCUGUAAGCUGUUUUUCCUAAAGGAUUCAGAAGUUCCUGUGUAUUUUUCUAAAUGGAUGUAUGAUUUACAAUCUUUAAGUAUUUAAGCUUUAAUGAGCUUUUUCUAUAGCACAUACUUUCACCAGUGUUAACUUUAAAUUAUUGUUGUGUUCAUUUUUGUAACUGGAUAACAUGUUCACUUUUGAAAUAUCUUUGACACAGAAGUGUUCUUUCUACAAUAAAACUGAAAAUGAAAAUGGAUCUACAUGGUUUUGUUUUAGUAACCAUACCCCAUGUCAGAAUAUUUUUCAGUUGAAAUGU